AUGAAUCAUCAACUUGAGAAUUUAAAUCACGGAAGAUCUUUUGAGCCGAACACAAGAGUACUUUAUCGUUCAGUCACUCAAGUAGAGCAAAAGAAACCUUCAAUUCCACAUUACAAUGGUCGACCUAUAGGACCUCACACUAUGUCCUCUCGAAGACCUAAUCCUCGAUCGAAUGAGACAUCUUACCAAGAGAACAUUCGACCGAAUAAUCCCAUCCAAAAUGAAGCUAAGAUUGAUUAUAUUCCAGAUGAUCUUGUUCAGAUCAAUGGUGAAUUGCCGUUGCCAUUUAUUCAUCCAUCUAGCAAAGGCACUGAAGAUAGCAAUCAUAAAUCAACCUUAUUGGCUUUGGGUGGAGAUGAAGAAUCGACAAUGCGUCAUUAUGUUUUAAUACCUCUUGGAAAGACAGGCGACGGAAAGUCUAGCCUUUUGAAUGCCAUGUUUGGUUAUGAGCAGUUUGUGGCAAAGACCAAAGCAAAAUCUGUUACUGAGCACAUAACUGAGAGGACGAGUGUCUGGACUACGGGAACGCAUGAUGCCGUAAUUACUGUAGCAGACACACCUGGUUUUGCCGAUAGUUACGGUCGAAGUACCGAAUUCAAUAUGAGUAUUAAGGAGUACAUUCUAGAUAUCGGUUCACGUUUGGGUAUCGAUGCAUUUUUAUUGGUGUUCAAGUUCAAAGCAUCCUGGGUAAUGAAGGUACUAAAGGAGUUUGCAAAUAUGAUGCAGGAUAUAGAGCCAGACACUUGGUGGGAUCAUGUUAUUUUGGUUUUCACAUGUGUGGACUACAACUCUGAUAUAUCUACCGAUAUUUUCGAGAAGAAGCUCUAUAUCUCGAACGAAUUGAUCAAGACUAUUCAAGCUGAAUUCAACCUUACAACACCACCUACGUUUGUGUUCGUGUCUUCCAAACAGCAAGCGAAUUGCGCCCAUUUCUCGGGUAAAGGCACUUGCGACUGUAAAAAUGAAGUUCACUACAAGCUGGAUCGGAUGAGGAAAUUAAAGCAGGCCAUUGCAGCCAAAAAUGAUGCUGGACGUUGGUUCCCAAAGGAAAUAUAA